AUGGUUUUUGAUUUUAUGCACGACAUUCCUGAAGGAGUGGCGCGUUAUGACAUGGCACUAGUAAUUAAAAAUCUUAUUGAUAAAAAAUAUUUUACUUUGAACCAACUAAAUUCUAGAAUAACUCUUUUUGACUACGGUGUUACAGAACGCAAAAACUGUCCUCCAAAAAUAAAUCAGAACAACUUAAAUAAUGGGAUAGUUAUUAUGUCAGCAUCGGAGAUGUUAUGCCUAGUAAGAAAUUUUGGUUUAAUUGUAGGUGAGUUAGUCCCUAAACAUUCUCAAAACUGGAAACUAUACAUUUUAUUACCACAGAUAGUUGAUUUAUGUUGUGCGUGUAGAAUACAAAGUGAUUGUGCUUUAUUACUAGAUUCUAUUGUUGCUCAACAUAAUAGCCUGUAUCUCAUCUUGUCAAAAAGCAAUUUAAAACCAAAAUUUCAUAAUUUAACCCAUUAUGGUCGUAUGGUCCAAUAA